AUGACUUCGGCGUUUUUCUUUUUCUUCGUUGGUUUGUUUGGACACGUAGUGUGCCAAGGAAAUGAUCCCAACGUUUGCACGUCAGACAACGGUUACCCAGCUGAGGGGUAUGCUCCAAGUUGCAAGUACAAAUGCAGCAAUGGGCAAGAGUAUGAAACAUGUAAUUACGACGAUGCCACAUUUUGCUUCGUGUUUUACGGCAAAGGAAAUACGACACUGCACCACCUUGGAAAAUGCGUAAAUGGGGAAUGCGAACCAGAAAACAGAGCCGCUGACAGGACUCUACCGCACCAGUGGGAUGGCAAAUAUCAUCAGUGCAAAGAUUUGGAAAGUUAUCAAGAACCAGUUGUUAACUGCACAUACAUCUGCGCCAAAGAACGGGCUUCUUACGAGCUCCCAGAGUAUUAUUACGGAAUAUAUAAGACUCCUUCAAAAUGCUGGCUGGGAAGCGAGGUCGGCGUAUGCGUAAGUGGGAUAUGCCAUAGCGGAAAAGACUUCCCACAAAUUGAUCAGGGUCCUCAGCAACCUCCUCAAUAAAGGAAUCUCUGGCACCCAAGCA